UCGCGCAGGAAGAGGAAGAUGUUAGAGACUACAAUUUGACUGAAGAGCAGAAGGCUGUCAAGGCCAAGUAUCCACCAGUCAACAGGAAAUACGAAUACUUGGGUCAUACAGUGGAUGUCCAGUUACAUGCAUGGGGAGAUACCCUGGAAGAAGCAGUUGAGCAAUGUGCAAUGGCCAUGUUUGGUUACAUGACAGAUACUGGGACUGUGGAGCCCCUCCAGACAGUAGAAGUAGAAACCCAAGGAGAUGACUUACAGUCUCUUCUGUUUCACUUUUUGGAUGAAUGGCUUUAUAAGUUCAGUGCUGAUGAAUUCUUCAUACCCCGGGAAGUGAAAGUGCUUAAUAUUGAUCAAAGAAAUUUCAGAUUACGGUCAAUUGGGUGGGGAGAAGAAUUUUCAUUGUCUAAGCACCCUCAGGGAACAGAAGUCAAAGCAAUAACAUAUUCAGCAAUGUAGGUCUAUAAUGAAGAGAAGCCAGAAGUUUUUGUGAUCAUUGACAUUUAAGACACAAGAAAAGAAAAGGCCUCCUUUGAA